CUCAGAUUUGAAGAAGUCACGAAUCCCAAUGCAAUCACAACAUGUUUUGGUAACACCUUGUUAUUCCCAUGAACUCAGCCAUUCUACAUCGAGCCCCCCAGUCAGCAUAAUCCCACUUCGUCACAAAAAUGGACGUAAUCCUUGCACUUUUGGCUAUCUCAUACUUGUUGGAAAGCCAGCCAACCAUUUCUUGCCUGCUCUCGAUGCGUUUGCUCAACGAUUACGUGCCAAAAAGUACCCAUGGCAAAUGCGGCUUCACAAAAGCCGACCGCAAUGAAGCAUCAAUUACCUGGCCCUCAAGAACACCUUCAAUAUUGAUAGACAUCUCGACUCGGCUGUGCAUUGUCAGAAUGAAGGGCCUAAAUGAGGCGAAGCUAGUGGGCACCAGGAAUCCCCCACCUUGAGACUCCGACGACGAGGAAUUGAACAGGCUUAACAAGGUGUCGCAGUUGAGACAGGAAUCUUAUAUUCAUCCCCAUCUUUGUUC